AAUAACCUUAAUUGUUCUUCUUUAUUACAAUAUUGCCAUUUUUAAUAUAUUUCAUUAAUAAAUUUUAAAACAAAAAAAAGAAACAAUUAAUCCCUAUUGCAUCGUAUUCUUCUUUGUCGAAGAACAACCAAGUAGAAGAUCAAAAACUUUUCCAGAAAAAAAAUCUAGGGUUUCCGUGUAGACAAUCAGAUUCAAUUUCAUCGGAGGUUAAACCUUUUCCCCCAAUCAGCAUCGAUUUUACCGGUGAGAAGAGAUUCGGUUUCUCCGGCGAGCCUUGAAACCUUUCAUCCGCCGAGCGUCACUUUGCUGCCUUGUUUUCUCCCCCAGUCAAACUCUCCGGCGACGAGAACCCACGCUGCUUCACCAACCUCUGUCAUCUUCUCUGCCAAAACUCCAAAGUAUCUAACAUCUUUAAUUAAUUUCCGGGUUAUGGAUUCUUCUAGCAGUAAACGCAACUAUCCACGACUGCUCUACAAAAAGGGCAAAGCUCCUAGCCAGCAGAGGAGUAUGAGCUAUUAUAGUUAUUUGUCAAAUUUUCAAAUGGUAGAAGAAGGUGUGGGACUUGAUGGAUGGGAUGCGGUAAAGAAGUCUGCAAUUGGUGUAUUUUCUAGGUUUUAUGAGCUCAAAUUCACAUGGUGUGCUAAGGUUGUCCAUCACCUAUUAACUCAUCAGAUUCGAGUUAAGAAGAAUUAUGAGAUAUGGUCAUUGAUUGAUUGGCAGCCCAUUCGUCUCUCUUUGAUUGAAUUUGGUGCGAUCACUAGGAUGAACUGCGAACCGUUUCAAAAAGACGACAUUUGUGAUGUUGAUCAUACAGAAUUCUGGAAAGAAAUGGGGGUUUCUCCGGUUGUUGGUCCUAACUUUGUCCAGCUUCAGUUGGUAUUAGAAAGAUGCAAAAAUUGGAGUCUCAAGAAGAGGACAAUGGUGGGUUUGUUAUGUGUUCUUCAUCUUGCUGUCUAUGGGAUUGCUCCCUCACGUCAUAUUCCGUUGGAGUGUGCCAAGAGAGUCCUUGAUUAUGAAGCUUUCCAGAGAUACCCAUGGGGUCGGGUAGCGUGUCAGAGUUUGAUAUACUCUGUUAAGUGUGCCGAUUACAGCGCGAAGGAAUCUUAUACAAUGGGAGGGUUCAUUUUCAUAUUACAGAUUUGGGCAUAUGAGUCAGUUAUGGGCUUAGGAGAGCUUUACGGGAAUAAAAUCAGUGGUGCAGAAUUGCCUCUUCUUUCAUGGAGUGGAUCCCGUAGGCGAUUUAAAUUUGAGGACUUUUUUAGGCAGGAGAAAGAACGUCAUGAAGAUAAGGUGCGUGUUAGGAAUUUUAUCACACAAACAGAUGGAGAGCUUACACCUCAGUGGGAUGACGACGUGGAUGAUGAUGAUGUAACAAACUUGGUUCAUGAUAUCAGUCACAAUUGUGUAGAUCGUGGCUUUUGGGAUGUCAAUGAAGAACCUCCAGCUACUACAAGGAAGAAGCGUCCUACAUCUGUUCCCGAGACUGAUGUUCAGAGUUCAAAAAAGAAGAAGGCUAAUGAUACAAAAACUGUUGGAGUUGAGGAAGACUGUGAUGUGUCAAAUAAGGAAGAAACUCAAAUGAACCAGCUUUCUACCUUGAUGAAGACAUUGAUAGGAAAACUUGAUAAUAUAGAUACAUCAAUCGAAACAAAGAUUGGUGUUCUUCUUGCUCCUAUGAAUAAGAAGUUGGCAACAAUGGAGAAGGAACUUCUUUGGAUCAAUCGUUGUUGUCUCUUGCCUUCCAAUCGUUGUUGUUGUCUCUUGCCUUCCAAUAAUCCAUCUAGUUACAAAAUGUUUUACAAUAACAUAUUAGACUUAUUAUUUUGUACUAAAAGAAAUAUAAAAAUAUAAUAAACAUGUCAUAUCAGAUAACGCACCUUGACACCAAAUCUCAUGUUUAAGGCUUCUCCAACAUGUUUCGGGAGAACUUUUGAAUCAACACCUCCAACAUAGUCCACAUAUAGUCUUGCAAGAAUUUCUGGAGUCGCUUGUCGGGCACUGGCAGAACGUUCUGUAAUGGAACAUGAAUGUUCUGAAACGUGUGUACGAAUGGUAAACUGAGUAGAAUUACCAACUGGGGUAGCUCUUACUCUCCAUGUACAUCCUUCUAUCCAGCACUUAAUAGUUAAUAUAUCUGUCGCUGAUCUGUCUACUCUGAAAUCAAAUUGACGAAGGACUGACAAGAUCUUCAGCCUAGUCUCCAAUGCAUCUUUUGUGUCAUAUCGUUGUCCAACAGCUAUAUUAAGUGCAUCUAAUUCUAGCUUAACAUGAACAUUACCCCGUUUUACCGGAACACUCCCAGACGUGGAACCACUUUUCAUACUGGUUGAAAUUUUAUUCUUCUUUUCCUCUUCUUCUUCUUCUUCUUCUUUAUCUUCUUCUUCUUCUUCUUCUUUUUCUUUUUCUUCUUCUUCAGCAUGAAUCCCAUUCAAUGCAAAGUCUUCGUCACCUGAAGAUGCGCCAUCUAAAUCAUCACAAUAAUCAAAUAUGGAGCCUUCGUCUUCAUCAUCACUUUUGUCCUCGUCUUUUUCCAAAACUCGUUCCUUAAGUUCGAGACAUACUUGCAUUGCCUCCAUUUUCAGCUGUUCCAAAAAUCCAGUGAAUUGCCUCUGAUUUUUAAUAUCUAUAGGUGGUGUGUUUUGGGGUAACGUCAACAAAACCUUCUUCGGAAACAUGUAGCUCAAUUCCACCUCAUAAAUCUGCUCAUUAACCUUAUACUCUUUGAUCACCAUAUGAACAAAAUCAUCAUAACUUGUUUUGUCUUCUAUGGCUAUAGCUUUACUCCUCAUUCCUUUGUCAACACCAAAUAACCAUUUGUUUUUACCAAAUAUCCAAUGACCACAAACAAUUUUUAUUUGUGCCAUGAGAGAAGAAGAAGAAGGAAGAAAAGAAACGUCAAUCUGAAAACGCCAUUAACGUUGACCAAGGUAAUCACGUGUAAAAGAGUGAUUCUUAAAUUAGGGCUUUUCUUUUUGUUUGGUUUAAAUUAAGUUAGGUUUGGUUUAAUUAAAUAAAAUUUGGUUUACAUGC